AUGGCUUCUCGGAAGCUGUUGUCCUCUCUCCUCCGAUCUUCCUCUUCCCUUCGACGAUCUUUCUCCAAAUCCCUCACCAGUCCUAAGUCCGCAAUCUCUCGCCCAUCUCCGACCGGCUACUUUCUCACCCGGGCAGUCAACUAUGCCACCUCGGCGGCAGCUCCGGCGUCCCCGCCGUCUCCUCCGGCGGGUAAGAGUGGCGAAGGUAGCGGAAAGAUAACGGAUGAGUUUACGGGUAAAGGAGCGAUCGGAAAAGUGUGCCAAGUGAUUGGAGCCGUCGUUGAUGUGAGGUUCGAUGAGGGUUUACCGCCGAUCUUGACGGCUUUGGAGGUUCUCGACAAUUCGAUCCGGUUGGUGCUCGAAGUAGCCCAGCAUUUGGGUGAAAAUAUGGUGAGGACGAUUGCCAUGGAUGGGACGGAAGGGCUUGUGAGAGGUCAAAGAGUGCUCAAUACUGGCUCUCCUAUCACUGUGCCCGUUGGUAGGGCCACUCUUGGUCGUAUCAUGAAUGUUAUUGGAGAGGCUAUUGACGAAAAGGGCGAUAUUAAAACUGAUCACUAUUUGCCCAUCCAUCGAGAAGCUCCGGCCUUCGUUGAGCAGGCAACUGAACAACAGAUCCUUGUUACUGGAAUCAAGGUUGUUGACCUCCUUGCACCUUACCAAAGAGGUGGAAAGAUUGGACUCUUUGGUGGUGCUGGUGUUGGGAAGACUGUGCUUAUUAUGGAACUUAUAAACAAUGUUGCCAAAGCUCAUGGUGGUUUCUCAGUAUUUGCUGGUGUGGGAGAACGAACUCGAGAGGGUAAUGACUUGUACAGAGAAAUGAUUGAGAGUGGUGUUAUUAAGCUUGGAGACAAGCAGAGUGACAGCAAGUGUGCUCUUGUCUAUGGUCAAAUGAAUGAGCCUCCUGGCGCUCGUGCUCGUGUUGGACUUACUGGGCUGACUGUGGCUGAGCAUUUCCGAGAUGCUGAAGGGCAAGAUGUGCUUCUCUUCAUCGAUAACAUUUUCCGCUUCACCCAAGCUAACUCAGAGGUAUCGGCAUUGCUUGGUCGUAUUCCAUCUGCUGUUGGUUACCAACCUACAUUGGCUACAGAUCUUGGAGGCCUACAAGAGCGAAUCACUACUACCAAGAAAGGUUCUAUUACAUCUGUCCAAGCUAUAUAUGUACCUGCUGAUGAUUUGACGGAUCCUGCACCUGCUACCACUUUUGCCCAUCUGGACGCGACAACUGUACUGUCCCGGCAGAUUUCUGAGCUUGGUAUCUAUCCUGCUGUUGACCCUUUAGAUUCUACAUCUCGCAUGCUAUCGCCACACAUUCUGGGAGAAGAACACUACAACACUGCUCGUGGUGUUCAAAAGGUUCUUCAGAACUAUAAGAAUCUUCAGGAUAUCAUUGCCAUUUUGGGGAUGGAUGAGCUCAGUGAAGAUGACAAGUUGACUGUUUCUCGUGCACGAAAGAUUCAAAGGUUCUUGAGCCAGCCAUUCCAUGUUGCUGAAGUUUUCACUGGAGCCCCAGGAAAGUAUGUAGAGCUGAAAGAGAGUAUUACCAGUUUCCAGGGAGUAUUGGAUGGAAAAUACGAUGACCUUCCUGAGCAGUCAUUUUACAUGGUUGGUGGCAUUGAAGAGGUCAUUGCCAAGGCGGAGAAGAUUGCCAAGGAGUCUGCUGCUUAA